GUAAAUCCUCUUGCACCAUACACCAGCCACAGUUCUCGUAGUACUCUAGAUUUCAGCCUCGUCACUAGUGCUAUUCGCCCAUCUUGAACGCGACCGCCCCAAAUUAUUGUGAUUUCGAGCUCGAAUUAAUAAAUUCAAGUAUAUCCACGAAAACAUCAUCGAACAACAAGAUGUCAUCCUCAGCAUCGCGAAUUGUUCAUCAGGAAUAUAUUGCCCGCAUACGAUAUUCCAAUGCCUUACCACCACCACCAAAUCCUCCCAAGCUUCUCGAUAUUCCAAAUACUGGCCUCGCCAGUGGUCAAUAUACUACACCUGGAUUUGCUACGAGAUUAGCGCGAGAUCAACCAUUAAACAUAGAAGCGGAUGCGGAACUUGGUAUGCCAUUGGACCUGGUGGGAAUGCCAGGUAUAUUUGAUGGAGAUGAGAGUUGUAAGUUUCGCAUAUCCUUCACAACUUGCGCAAUCGCUCACCUUUACUUCCAAUAGCUAUACAAGCGCCAUUACAUCCUCCACAACUUCACCCACAUGAUCGUGCUCUCCUAAGACCAUUGGCGACGUUAGGCAAACCAAAAUUUUCCGACACGGGAGUAUCAUUUCUGCGGCGCACUGAAUAUAUCUCUUCCGGCUACAGCUCGAAAGCGCGGAUGGAUGGCACCACCUUGGCUAAAGGUCUUGUCGAUACACGCAAACCGAAAGCUGUUCAGGACUUAUCAGCUGAUCGUGAAUCUCCUACAUACAUCAAAUCACAGGUCGAAAAGAGCUUCGAAAUCGCCGCUGCUAAUCUUAAAGAUCGCACGAGAGUCCGCCAUCCCACAAAACGGAAUGUCAAAUUGGUGGACGCAGUUCCUCUUUUACCAGAUCUGGAUUCAUUCCCGGACGCGGGCGGAUACGUCCUGUUGAAGUUCCUCACAAACCCCGUUCCUCCAAGCAAUAUCUACGAUACUCGCGUCGAAAGCAGUGUUUUACAACCUAUUGAUCCUAGCGAGGCAGAGUUAGAACUCAAAGAAGCCGCUAGACAAUCUCAUGAACUGGACCCACACAAUAAUCCAGCUCCGGAUGAAUCGAUACAAUAUCAAAUGUUCAUGCCAGAGACUGUUACUGAUGCCAAGAAUAUCAAACGAAAAUGGGAUGUCCUGGACCCUGAGCACGAUGAUAAGGAUCUGUAUUCUCGCAUUGACGAGGAAACAGGCAAAGGAUCUUUUAGGUUGAAGAGACUGCGUGCGUAUGAGACCGCUGUUACGGAUGGUGGAACAGAUCGAAAAUAUGAUGAAGUAGUGGUAAUAGCCAUGCACGAUGGAACUGAUGGACUACGCCAAAAAGCUGCUCAUUACUAUCCUGUAGUCCAACGCAACUCGAUUCGACCACAGAGGACCAAGAAUAUCCAGAAAGGAAAAGGUAUUAUUGGCAACGAAGAAGAGGAAAUUACGGAUUUCGUGGAUCUUAGUAUUGUUGACGUGGGAGCGGAAACGAAGCAGGUGAUGGAUAGUUUCAAGGCGGCGCCAUAUGGAGAGGAUCACGAAGAUGUGGCGGAGAAAGAGGUGGCCGAAGAUGCACUUUCCGAAGCGGAUGCAGAAGGGGAGGAUGAUGAGCCGAUUUCGCCUCCAAGACCCAGUCUGGGCGGAAAGACGAUUGCUUCAAGGGUGCAAACUGAUGACGACGAUGACGACAAUGAGAGUUUACAUUCUGACGAUUAGGGAGGAUGUUGAGCUGGGAAUGAGGGCCGGGAUGAUGACACAAAUGUGGUUGGAUGGAGAGAUGAUGCAGGCAAGGGAAAUGUUGAGAAAUAAUGGGAAUGGCAUUUAUUUUAUUGGCAUAUCAGAUGAAUCUACCGAGAGGAAGAGAGAGGCCAAAAAAACCACAUGGAGACUACUUUAGUUCUGCAUCCUUUGAAAAUGAUUGUGAUUUUACAACAGAAGAAACAGAGGAAGAGAAAAGGAGAAAGAGAUGAAUAGAAUGAUACCUACAUAU